CGGAACCAGCUGAUGUUUCCAUGGACUUCAACCAUAGGUGCCUCCGCCAUCCCGGGCCAAUCUUCGAAUUCCUGUUGCCAAAUAGCGAAUUGCACCCUUCAUACAUCUGAAGCCCGCAUAUAACUUUGAACUUUUCUAGCAGAGCAGACCACUUCCAGGAUUGUAAUCACCGCAAAACCCCAGAACAGCUGUUGAACCCUCAUUCCUGGCCGCACUAUGCAAAAGAUACAACAUACAGAUCGCCACCUCAGCUUGGCUAAGAAGGGAGAUAUCAUGCCGAUCACGAUUGAGGAAAAUCCGGAGGAGGCCAUGGACGCUUUCGCGCGUCUCGUAACUCUCGGGCACUUCUCCAAGGCCACCGCUCUCUUCGACGAUAUACUCAAAAACUACAUAGAUGAGCUUCCCGUAUUCGCCGAGUACGCAAACUUCCUUAUACAACAAGGAAUGUAUAGCGUCUUGCUUGACCGUGUCAAGGAAAGAUCAAACAUGAAGACCGCUUCCAAAUGUGAAGAAGACGAGAUCCUGUACUUGGAGCUUCUUCAGGCACUCUCAUUGCUUCAUUUUGAAGGCAAGCUUCUUGACACGUUGGAAAUACUUGAACGUCGCAGAGAGUCUUAUGCAACCAUGAUAAAAUCGCGGACCGAACCGACAUAUAUCCAAAUACGCUCGGUUGAAAUAUACCUAGCGAUCAUCGCCGCAAUCAUCUUGGUUGUACCCGAACGUUCUAUCAAGUACGAACACAAUGUCACUGUCGAAUUGUCUCGAAACAAGACCUAUGUCUUGGAAAUUGGAGCUCUCGGAACAUCCCGUUGGGGUGGGUUUACGGAGUGGUGUGACCUAUUGGUGGACGAGCACCCCAAUGAGGCCGUGAAUAUCUUUCGGACAUUGCUACCUGUCAUCCCAGCGGACGAAAGGAUUAGGAGCUGGGCUCAGAGAUUCGCGAGCAGUAUUAGAACAUCCGGACCUGAAUACAUUCUUGCAGCAGUCGGAGCCAUGAACGCUAUGAUGCGGUUACAAGCGCGAUGGCCCCGGGAUGGUGGCGCCGGGACGAGAGACCCGAGAGAUGACAUUUUCAUGCCCAGACGGGGGAUGAGACACGACAUUACUACGAACAACGUGGAGACGUCUCCGAAAAUGGGCUUCGACUUGCUGGAAAAACUUUAUGUGUCAGGGUACGAUGCCAGGAGUCACCAAGCCAUCGAACUGGAACUCAGUGCGUUCCAAUCUGGCCGCAAGUUUCAUCGCCUGAGAAUGGGACUGGAAGGCCUAGCCGAUAUCGCGAGGGAAGAGGCAAAUUAUCGCCUCGAGAGCCGCUGUCUCCAGCUUAUGGUUGAAGUGAAUGGAGGAAAAUUUGAGUCCCCGAUCUCAGCAAUACUUCCUAUGUUAUCGUCAGGGGCACUCUACAGCCAUUUCGCCCAAGACGCCAUUGAAUUGAUUAACUUGGUUGAUCGUUUUCCUUCCACCGAUGUUACCACGCUUCAAACAUCGGUAUCCAUCGGAUCCCUGGCCGCAGUCAGAAUCGCACUUGAUCGAGGGGAUGAAGCAAGCUUGAAGAAUCAACCACACCGGGAAGCACAGACGAGCGGACCUAUUCACCAAGCAGCACGUAAAGGUUACGAGGCAAUAGCACAGGUUCUUUGCGACCAUGACAAGACAAUCUUGUCGGACGUGGAUGAGAACGGGUACUUGCCUCUACAUGUUGCGGCUGAGAAUGGGCAUGAGAACCUCUUGCCGUUGCUACUGGGUUCAGAGAAGAAUAUCGACAUACAAGUGAAAAGGAUGUGGCGCUGGUCAGACUCUGAAAAGCAAACAGGAAGCACUGCGUUGCACUUGGCCUCGGCGAAUGGACAUGAGAAAGCCGUGGCCUUACUGCUGCAUUGCAAAGCCUGGGUUGACGCACAAGAUGAUCGGGGCUGGACGGCCCUCCACAAAGCCUCAGCCAGAUGGCAGUACGGCACUGCCAAUCUUCUCCUGCGGCACGGAGCAGAUGUCAAUUUGAAGACUUCUCGCGGUGUCGAGAUGACAGCCGUUGAAUUAGCUGCUAAAAGCGGAUUUACUGCUUUGGUUGAUCUAAUUCUACAGCACCAGUCACCCAGCGAUUGUGCCUCGGAUGGGAAUUGUGGACGCGCACUCAUUCUCGCAGUUGAGAAUAGGGAUCUGGAAACUGCCUCGCUUCUGCUCGAACACACCAAAGACAUUCAAGACGCCGUAAGGACCGAUCAGCUGGCAGACGCCGUGCGUGCCGCCGCAAGGAAACGCGACAUACAUCUCGUGGAGCUCCUCCUGAAGCACGGAGCAGAUGAAACGGCGGCUAUACAUGAGUCUCUGACCCAAAACAAUGCUGCUAUCUUCGAGCUACUGCUAGAGUCUGGAGCGGAUAUUGCAGCCAGAAAUGACCAGGGAAGGACAGCCCUUACCCAGGCGAUCUAUUACAGACAGGAUUUGGCGCUCAUCCAGAUUCUUAUGGCUCGUGGGGCUGAUGUUGAAGCCAAAGAUAAUGCUGGAAAGACAGCCUUGCAUCACGCGAUAGAUACAAGGAACAAGGAGCUCAUUCAAAUCCUUGUUGAUCGUGGGGUCGACAUUGAAGCCAAAGAUAACGCGGGAGAGACAGUCUUGCAUCACGCGAUAGAUAAAAGGAAUAAGGAGCUCAUCAAAAUCCUUAUUGAUCGUGGGGUCGACAUUGAAGCCAAAGAUAAUGCGGGAAAGACGGUCCUGCAUCACGCGAUAGAUCAAAGGAACAGGGAGCUCAUCCAAAUGCUUCAGGAUCGCGGGGUUGAUGAAGGUUCAGAUUUAGGAUACAAACGUACGAUGUACAAUAUUAUGCGAACUAGCAGUGAGGAUGGCACGUGGUGA